AUGGCCGCUUCUGUCUCUUUGCGAUCAUAUCUCCUUGUGACGACUUUACCCAAAUCCAAGCGCACACUGAUCCUACGACUCCCCGAUAUCGAUCUAAGCCACACGUGGAAUAUCCAUGAGCUUCCAUGGGAGGAAUUUCACCACUCCUCUAAGAAGAAGUUCUACUACGACAUGGUGACGAGCCUUGACGACGACCUACUUGCAGCACUUCGACCCCAUCUUGCCGACAUUUCGCCUGAGAAGUCGGAGUCGGGGAGGAAGGUGCAUCAGAAAACGGCUUUGGCCUUCUUAUACCUCCUUCUCUCACUGGGCUCACCCAAGUUUCCGGGCUGCAUGUACACUCUGCGAUCAACAAUACCAAUAGACGCGGGUGUUGGCAGCAGUGCGUAUCGCGAAGAAGCACGAUUACAAAUGGAGUGCGUAAAUCGGUGGGCUUUCGUCUUCGAGAUGUGUAUACACGGCAACCCGUCGGGCGUGGAUAAUACAUGCUCCACGCAGGGCAAAGGCGUAGUCUUCCAGAAGCCCGACGACCAGAAACCCUCCUUGGUCAAGUCGCUCUGGAACUUCCCGGAGCUACCGCUGUUGUUGGUCGAUACCAAGCAAGCCAAGUCUACAGCCGUUGAACUGGGCAAGGUCCAAAGACUUGAGAAGUUUCAGACAACCCUGGGAGGCGAUGGGAUCGGCGUUCUCUGGCCGGCCGUUUCCAGGAAUGGCCUUGACGAAUACGAAGAAGGGUGGCAUGGAGAUUGA